GGCGGGCCCUAUCCUCGAUCUGGAUCCGUUGGCAACAAGCGCCGAUUGGGGCCCCCAGCGGAUCCCGUUUCGAAAGAAAUGAGCACUGUCUCGCGAGAAAAAUCCUCCGACGACACCACGAUCACCACCCUCCUUUCCUAUUCGGGAGCGGCAGACGGUUUCAGGACCCCGGGGGCGCUAAGAUGUCCAAUGCUCAAUCUAUCUGUGAAUCAAGCGUACAUGCUGGUUCGCAGUGCGCUGACUUUGACAGCAUUCGAGAAGUCUAGGAUGGGAUCCACCAAGAUGGACUGCGUGAGUAUAAGAGGGAGCUGGAACCGCACCCAUUUGGUUCUGCACUCAUCAUCGAGCCAUCAACAGUCUCUUCAACUUCACUCUCUUCUCUUCUUCCUCUACAGUUGCUUGACGCACACUUUCGCUUUUACAAUCACCACAGUCUUUGAAUCUUUCGAUUUUCAUCACCACCUUCUACCUCAACCACCAUCAAAAUGAAGGCCUCCGUCGCUGCUUCCAUCUUGGCUUUCGCCACCAUGGCCACCGCUGGCCCCGCCUACAAGGCUCCUCACAGCUUCUCCAGCCUGACCAAGCGCGCCACCAUCCCUAUCCCUUCUAGCAAAGGUUCCGAAACCUUCAGCGCGGCCAAGGAGAUCACUGGCACCUUCGACGGUGGCCUGAAGACCUAUGGUCGCGGUGUCAGCUGCACUGGUCAAGCUGAGGGCGGCGACUCUGACGCUGUCUUCUCUCUGGCUGACGGCGCCACUCUCAAGAACGUCAUCAUUGGCGAGGACCAGAUCGAGGGUAUCCAUUGCCAGGGCUCCUGCACUAUCGAGAACGUCUGGUGGGCCGCAGUCUGCGAGGACGCCCUCACCCUGAAGAAGGACGGUGACGCCACCAUCACCGGUGGAGGUGCCACUGGCGCCAGCGACAAGGUCAUCCAGCACAACGGUGCCGGUACCGUCACCAUCGACGGCUUCCAGGUCGCCGACUUCGGCAAGCUCUACCGCUCCUGCGGAAACUGCAAGCAGAGCGCCGAGCGUCACGUUGUCAUCAAGAACGUCAAGGCCUCCAGCGGCAAGCUCCUCGUCGGCAUCAACCCCAACUUCGGCGACACCGCCACCAUCGACAGCGCCACCUGCGCGACCAGUGUCAAGGAGAUCUGCGAGGAGUUCGAGGGCACCACCCCCGGCAACGAGCCCAAGUCCGUCUCCACUGGCCCUAGCGACACCUGCAAGUUCUCUACUCUCGCUUCCUGCUAAGCGGAGAGCUUCAACCGUCAAGCAGAUGAGCUUUAAGGCUCAUGACCGGUAAAAGUUGGUGAUCCAAGACUCCAGGGCGCUGGCGUCAUUCAAUUCUUGUAGAGACCCUUUGAUUAGACUAUGAUGAGUAUAGAAAACAAUGGAAACUUUCUUCCAUAUAUCCUGCUUGCAUGAUUGAUACGACUAUGAGUUCCCGCGAGUAACACGUUCGACUGACAGUGAGUCUUGAUUUUGCGGGCUACCCCGGAGCGUCCGGGUCAGAGGAGGAUGUUGGUGAUUAAUCUAUCUAGAUGAGAGAAUUGAUGGCUUUGGGCGACAAGAUAACCAUCUGAUCAGGGCCCUCGCAUUGGAUG